UACACGCCCUUCCCGAACAUAACAACUUUCGACAUAAUACACUGGCAAUCUGACGGGUCAAACGUGAAGUCUAACGAGCAGAUCAACGACUUCGUGCAGACAAUGCAAGAGCCUGGCUUCAAUCCGACAGACCUCGCAAACUUUGACAUUGCGCACAAGUCUAAGCGCCUGGACAUGUACGUCGAGACGAUCGAGGGCUCCGCACUGUCCGCACUCGACAGCUGGAUCAAAGGUGCGGUUAGCGUCCGACUCCCAAAGGAAGGCAAGAAGUACGCGUCGGAAUCGGCCGCGCCGAGCUCCAAGGUCGAAGGCGUGUACUACCGCUCGCUCACCGCGGUCCUGCAGAGCACAUAUCAACAGCCGUGUGUGCGCGACUGGGACUUCGUCCCCUUCAAGCUCUAUUGGAUCCCACCUGGCGACACUUCCGACUCUCAAUCUGAUACC